UGUCGUGCUUUUUCGGACCGUGCCCGUGCCGGCCCAUCGUGCUUGGCCCAUUUGGAAAUCUAUAGCUACAAGGCCUUCUUCUACUGCAACUCCACCGCCUUUGUGGUGUCUCUGGUCGUCAUCCUCAUGGUCCAGAAAGAGAAGCUGGUCAAGAGCCACACCUUGCUGGUGGCCAUGACGCUGGACAUGUUUGCCCUCAUCGGUGCCUACGCCGCCGGGAGCUGCCGAGACCUCAGGACAUCUGUUCAUGUCGUGGCCCUGGCUGGGGCCAUCCUUGUCUAUGUGUUCGUACAUGUCCUUAUUUUCACAAUGGGGACGACUGACGUCGAUGCCAGAGUGCCCGAGAAAAAACACAAGCGGCUGCUGCUGGUAGCCAUCUUGGUGGCCACCAUCACCUACCAAGUUGGCCUGGCUCCACCGGGUGGGUUCUGGAACGAGGACGACAGCCCCCGCUAUCGCCAUGCGGGGGAUGCCGUCCUCCUGGACAGAUUCCCGCGCCGCUUCAAGGUCUUCUUCUACUCCAACACGGUGAGCUUCAUGGCGUCCAUUGCGCUCAUCCUCCUCCUCGUCAACCCCAUCCUGUCCCGUCUCGCCAUACGGUGCUAUGCUCUCUACGCGUGCCAGGUGGUCGGCCUGUUUGGCCUCAUGGCCGCUUACACCGCCGGGAGCGCUCGAAAACUGCGGACGUCCAUCUUCGCGUGUGUGCUCAUCGCCGCGGUGAUUGCCUUCGUUCUUGUCAACACCAUCACGCUGACAUUUUUCAACAAGAGGAGGAGGAUGAUGGCUUGGGCUGAUGAGGCACCCUCGUCGUCAUCCAUGGCUCAGCAACAGCCAAGAAGACAGCCCCAGGAGACAGAGUACCGCGAUGAAGUGUACGCCAAACGCAAGUACCUGAUGCUGCUCGGAAUCCUGGCUGCAAGUGUCACAUACCAGGCCGGCCUAGCGCCGCCGGGUGGCCUUUGGCAGGACGACGGCGGCGAUGGUGGUGGUACCCGCCGGAGCCGAGAGGCUGGGAACCCAGUGCUGCACGACACCGACCCACGGCGGUACCAUGUCUUCUUCUACAGCAACUCCACCUCCUUCGUCGCGUCCAUUGUCACCAUUGCGCUGCUGCUGCAGCAGAUCCUGCGGAGGCACCACCGGUCGAACCAAAAGCUGCUGCUGAUAGCGACCAACACAGCCCUGGUUCUGGACCUGCUGGGACUGCUGGCGGCCUACGCGGCUGGCAGCACCAGGGAGUGGAGGAAUGUCGUCGUCUUGCCCCUCCUGGUUUUGCUUUUCAUGGCUAUCCACGUCGCGGUUUGGUUGUUUGGGGAGAGACGCCGCUGCGCCGCCGGAGAGGAUGGAGGAACAAGUACUAGCAAAGGUCGCGGAUUGGAGAGCAACUAGAAAGUGGUCAUCACCAGUCUUCCCAUGUUCAUCAGGAGGUCGUUUAGCUUACUAUGCUAGCUAUAGCCAUAUUCCAAAUUAUAGUCAGUCGUGUUGAUUUUUUAGGGAACAUAGUUUUUGCUAUGUACAUAAAAACUAUGUUUGUAGAGAUCGUAGAAAACUCAUACUGAUCGACUUACGAUUUGGAAGGUGGCAGUAGUAGUAGAUUAGUAUUACUUCAGUUUUUAUGUUUGCUAGCAACCCAAGUCUCAUUGUGAACUAUUAGCUCAUUUAUUUAGGUUACUUUUUAUGUUUUUAUAUUGGAUCGAUUCUUCUUCUUAUAUUGUUCUGUAAUAACAAUGAGCAAA